GCGUACUGCAAAAUCGGUAUCUCCAAAUGACAUGUCGACCCGGCUGCUCUUCUCUUUGUUGACUAAACUUACUCCAUGCUGCGGGGAAGUAUAUGGUACGAACCACAACUACGGCUCUGCUACCACCCAAACUCUUUGCCCACAGGCUCGACUAUUGCUGUUAAAUUACUGAAAGCUCCGCCAAAAUCUGAAUAUGGGUUCGGCCGGCGACGAGGUCUAUGUGACGGUUUCCGCCCUCGAAGGAGGACAAUUGACUCUGCCUGAACGGUUGUUCAUCACAAACGCUGAUCCAGAGAAGAGAGCAACUGUUCCAUCUUUGUCCUUUCUCAUUCAGCAUCCGUCACAAGAUGGAAAAGCCCAACGUCUCGUCUUCGACCUUGGUCUCAAACGAGACCUGACACAAUACCCUCCAGCUCAACAAGCCCACAUUGCUAAUCGCCAGCCCACCAUCCUCCACCCAGACGUUGCAGACUCUCUGAGAGGAGGCGGCCUUGAUCCUGCCAAGGAUAUCGAUAUAGUCAUUCUCAGCCACGUCCACUGGGAUCACGAAGGCACCCCGGAGGAUUUUUCCAGCGCACAGUUUGUCGUGGGAUCGGGCACUCUGCACCUUUUGGCAAAUGGUGCUGGUUCUCACUACCCCAAAGCUAUCUUCAACCCGGAUCUUCUACCGCGGGGUCGAACGUCAGAACUACCGCCAGUCUCGAAGAGUGCCACGACCGCAGCAGAGAAGCAGACAGAACACGAGUGGAAACCAUUCGCGGGCUUCCCAGCCACUGUCGAUUUCUUCGGCGACGGCAGUGUCUACAUUGUCGACAGCCCGGGUCACCUAUUCGGGCACGUCAAUCUGUUGGCGCGAGUCGCUCCACAGAAAUGGGUCUACUUGGGAGGCGACUGCUGCCACGAUCCACGAAUUUUGACUGGGGAGAGAGAGAUAUCCUUGUACGACGAUGGACAUGGAGGACUGAGAUCGGUCCAUGUUGACACGGAGGUGGCUAAAGAAACACUCAAAAGGAUAGGACCCCUUCUCAAAUCCCCCACGCCGGCAUUGGAAGGGCACAAUGAGGUGGAAGUGAUUGUGGCGCAUGACAAGCCUUGGAGGGAGCAGAAUCUGCACCGAUUCUUCCCUGGCAAUUUAUAGUCAGCUUAGAGACAUAUAAAAUAUAUGUGUUUACUGUCUAAGAUUGUCGCCGAGGGCC